AUGGAUGUUCCUAAACAUAAUACUUUGAUAUUUUAUGUCAAUGGAGUUAAGAUUGUAGAAAAAGAUGCUGAUCCAAAAUGGUCGCUGUUGUUUUAUCUCAGAACCAAGUUAGAUUUAACUGGAAGUAAAGUAGUCUGUAAUGAAGGUGGUUGUGGGGCUUGUACUGUUAUGAUCUCAAGAUAUGAUCCUGAACAAAAUACUAUAAUACAUUAUUCGGUGAAUGCCUGUUUAACACCAGUAUGUUCUGUACAUGGUUUAGCUGUUACUACAGUAGAAGGUAUCGGCAGUUUAAAAACAAGGUUACAUCCAGUUCAGGAACAAAUAGCUAAAAGCCAUGGAUCUCAAUGUGGUUUUUGUACACCAGGUAUGGUUAUGUCUAUGUAUUCAUUAUUGAGAAAUAAUCCACAACCUUCUAUGAAAGAUAUCGAAACGUAUCUCGAAGGUAAUUUGUGUCGCUGUACAGGCUACAGACCAAUAUUGGAUGGUUACAGAUCUUAUACCAAGGUACGUUGUACUGAAUUAAUAAUGCAUUCUAUGUUCAAUUUUCAGGAUGUUUGCUCAAUGGGGGAAAACUGCUGUAAAAAUAAACCACAUGAACGUGACAACCAAGAUGUACAAAUGGUAAGUAACUCAAAAUGUAGCAGAAUAGCGUAUGAUCCUACACAAGAACCGAUAUUUCCUCCAGAUCUAAAGGUACAAAUUUUAUGUCAAGAAUACAUUUUAGAGUUUAAGAAUGACGAACAAACAUGGUACAGACCAAUCUCUUUAUCUCAACUAUUAGAACUCAAACAUCAAUAUCCACAAGCUAAACUUGUAGUUGGUAAUACAGAGAUAGGUAUUGAAAUGAGACUAAAAGCGAUGAAGUAUCCAGUACUUAAUGAUGUAUCUAAUAUACCAGAGCUGAUACAAGUCAAAGAAACAGACACAGGAAUUUAUGUUGGGUCUUCUGUAACAUUGACUAAACUUGAAGAUGUUUUACGAUCAAAAAUAGAGACUGAAGCAGAAGAGAGGACGAGAUCAUUAUCUGCUGUUAUUGAAAUGUUAAAAUGGUUUGCUGGUAAACAGAUUAAAAAUACAGCAUGUAUUGGUGGAAAUAUUGUUACAGCAAGCCCAUUGUCAGACUUAAACCCUGUUUUACAAUGUCUUAAUGCUAGUUUGGUACUUUCAUCCAAAGACAACCCUCAAAGGGAGGUGAAACUAGAUGAUAAGUUUUUUACGGCAUACAGAAAAACAGCUAUUAGGGACACGGAGGUUUUGUUAUCUGUGUUUAUACCAUAUUCAUAUAAGAAUGAAUAUGUGUACAGUUACAAACAAGCUACACGUAAAGAUGAUGAUUUAGCUAUUGUCAAUGCUGGUAUGAGGGUGGUAUUUGAUGAUAAUAGUAACAUCAUAAAAGAACUAUAUUUAUCUUAUGGUGGUAUGGCGCCGACUACUCUCAUGGCAACUGGAACUAUGAACAAACUAAAAGGAAGAAAGUGGGAGAGUGCUAUAGUACCUAUUGCUUGUGAUUAUUUAGCUCAAGAUCUUCCACUACAACCUGAUGCUCCUGGUGGUACCAUAGAAUUCAGACGUACCUUAACUACUAGCUUCUUCUUUAAAUUCUACCUGGCUGUCACUCAGCAACUUGCUUUACAGGGUAUUAUUGAAUCUGUACCUGACAGAGAGAUGAGUGGGAUAGCUACACCAGAUUAUGGAUCCACUGAAGGGAGUCAAUUCUAUGAUAAAGUUCCAGCUGCCCAAGCUGUAGAUAACCCAAUAGGAAGACCAAUAGUACAUCAAGCUGCUUAUCAACAAGCUACUGGUGAAGCUGUUUACGUCAACGAUAUGAUUCCAUUAAAAGGAGAGUUACAUGUGUAUCCAGUUUAUAGUCAUAAUGCCCAUGCUAUACUAGAAUCAGUAGAUUUCAAGCCAGCUCUAGGUAUACAGGGUGUUGUAGGUUAUAUUGACUAUAAAGAUGUACCUGGUAAAAAUAUUCUGGAAGAUAUGGAUGAACAAUUACUAGCUACAAACGAGGUAACAAGUGUGGGAUGUCUAAUUGGUGGAAUAGUAGCUGAUUCUCAUGAAACAGCUGUACAAGCUAGUCGUUUAGUGAAAAUAGACUAUAAAACAGAUGAUAUACCUGUUAUACUAACUAUACAGGAUGCCAUUGAAAACAAUUCAUACUGGAAAGAAGAGCCUACAGUACUAUCGUGUGGAGAUGUAGAAAAUGGAUUAGGAUAUUGUGAUCAAGUGUUAAGUGGUGAAGUUCAUUGCGGACCCCAGCGCCAUUUUUAUUUGGAGAACCAGUCAGCUAGAGCUGUACCUAAAGAAAGAGGUGAUAUAGAUGUAUACUCUUCUGCACAGUAUCUGGACUCUAUACAGUCUAACAUUGCCACGUGUUUGGACGUUCCUUCUAAUAAAGUGAAUUGCUUCACCAAACGUGUUGGUGGUGGUUUUGGAGGGAAAGUAUGCCAAAACAACUAUACAGCAUGUCUUGCAGCCUUAACAGCCAAAAAAUAUGAUAAGCCAGUGAGAUGUAUUUUAGAAAAACAAGAUGAUAUGGUAAUAACAGGCGGUAGACAUCCAGUUUACGUCAAAUACACUGUUGGAUUUUCCAAUGAAGGGCGUAUAUCAGUGUUAAAUAUUGACAUGUAUUUGAACUGUGGAGAUUCUACUUCUUUAUCUGAUACUGUGAAGAGCAACAUAAUUGAUAGACUAGAUAAUGCAUAUAAAGUAGCAAAUGUGAAAAUAACCUCACAUCUGUGUAAAACCAAUGUUAGAUCCAAUACUGUGAUGAGAGCUGCAGGUUGUGUUCAAGCGACGUAUAUAAUGGAAAGCAUUAUGCAACAUGUUAUAGAUCAUUUGAAUGCUGAACCAACCAGGAUUCGAGAAUUGAAUUUUUAUAAAGAAGGGGAGAGAACCCCUGGUAACCAAAUUAUUGAAAUCUGUCUUAUUGAAAACUGUUGGAAGGAAUGUUUGAAAACAUCAGAUUAUUAUAACCGGAAGAAACAAAUUGACCAGUUUAACAGUGAAAAUCGGUGGAGAAAAAGAGGUAUUUCUAUUGUACCAAUGUGUCUAGGAUCUGCCUUUGGUUUGAAAAUGUUAAAUCAGGGAGCUGCUCUAGUAAAUGUAUAUAAAGACGGAUCUGUAUUACUAGCUCAUGGUGGAGUAGAACUUGGUCAAGGAUUACAUACCAAGAUGAUUCAGGUUGCGUGUGCUACACUUGGUAUACCGUAUGAUAUGAUACAUAUUGAUCAAUCUGCUACUAAUAUUAUACCCAAUGCUUCACCUACUGCUGCUAGUAGCUCAUCAGAUCUGUUUGGUAUGGCUGUCAAGAUUGCUUGUGAGAAGAUAAUGAAACGAUUAGAGCCGUUUAUAAAUGAAAAGGGGACACAUUGGAAGGACUGGGUUAUGCAAGCAUAUUCUGAAAGAAUUGGGCUAUCAGCUACUGGCUUUUAUUGCCAUGAAAAUUUGGGAUAUAUGGCUGAGACAGACAGUUAUAAUAAAUUCUUCUACUAUUCAUUUGGUGCUGGUUGUUCGGAAGUAGAAAUAGAUUGUCUUACUGGAGAUCACAAGCUAUUGAGAACAGAUCUGGUGUAUGACUGUGGAACCAGUUUAAAUCCUGCUAUAGAUAUUGGACAGAUUGAAGGUGCCUUCAUGCACGGUUAUGGUUAUUUUAUGUUAGAAAGAUAUAAGGUUUCGCCAACUGGUGAUGUAUUAACUCGAGGACCAGGAGAAUAUAAAAUACCUUCAUUGGGAAAUAUACCUAGUGUAUUUAACGUUUCAAUGUUAAAAGACUCGCCCAAGAGAAGUACUGUUUAUUCUUCCAAGUGUGUUGGUGAGCCGCCAUUAAUUCUAUCAAUGUCUGUUUUCCUGGCGACCAAACAAGCUAUCAUGGCCUCUCGACAGGAGACUGGUAUUGAAGGGUACUUCCGGUUUGAUUCUCCCGCUACACCAGACAAUAUCCGUAUGGCUUGUCUUGAUCAAUUUACGAAGCAGGUAAGUUAG